AUGAAACUCUCCACCAUCUCAACCCUCGCAGGCCUCGCCUCGACCGCAACGGCAGCUGCCAUCCCCAACGGCAUCACUACCGGCUUCCCCAUCAACCUCCCCAUCGCAACCAGCACUCCUGUCGGCUUUCCUGGUACCCCCGGCACCGUUACGGCUACUAGGGGCGCUACUAGUGUCCGCGGCACCGUCACAGCUACUAGUGUUCCCGGCACCGUCACAGCUACCAGCGCUGCUGGCACCGUGACCGCCACGAGGGUCACCACCAGCGUUUCCGGCACCGUGACCGCCACUAGAGUCGCCACCAGUGUUCCGGGCACUGUCACAGCUACCAGCGCUCCCGGCACCGUAACCGUCACUAGGAUCGCAACCAGUGUCCCCGGCACGGUGACUGCAACUUCUGUUGUUCCUGGCACCUCCGCAUGUGCAGUUCCCGGUGUCCCCGGAACAGUCACGGCGAGCGCUCCCGGAAUCCCCAUCUCUGUGGGAAGCACCCUAUCCGUUCCGGGCGGUACAGUGACAGCCAGCACGUUGUCUGCUCCGGGCGUGACCGUGACGUGGACUGCUACCAGCAUCCCCGGAGUGACAACCACCUGGAUUGCCACCAGCGUGCCAGCCGUCACCACCAGAAGGGUUGUUACCACCAAGUGGUAA